UAUUCCGAGCCUGAAAGUCGCCCCGUGUUCAUUCGACCAUCCGUGGCGGACGCCAGCGGUUCCAAGUGCUAGCGAACCCCUUGCCGGCACGGGCUAGCGCGUACGCGACCGUCGCGGAACCCCCCUUGGUCGGCCGCAUCCGCCGCAGAACCUAGUCGCACCAUGACGGGCCUCAGGUCGGAGCAGCUGAGAUGCCCUCGCGGCCUCCUCCUGCUCCUCGUGGCCACCUCGUCGCUCGCCUCGGCGCAGCUGGCCGGCAACUCCACGCGCGCUGUGCCUGUGACGGGCCUCUCUGUCGGCCGGACCACAGCUUCAACGACGACGGCAAAGCCGGACCCCAUCAAGGAGGCUUUCGACUCCCUGUCGGAACGCAUCACGCGAAUCAUGUUGAAAGAGUUCUACCCGAUGGUCAGCGAGCUCAUCUACGAUCAGCGCCUUUCAACGGGCUGUAUCGGAUCGCUCAUGAAGAUCGGCCCGGCCUUGAAAAACUUCGACAUCUGGGCCGUAGAAAUGGUGGACGCCAUCGGCAAGCCGCACGCAGGUAUUACACAGGGCCGCAUCGCUGUAUACGGCGCGUACGAACAGUGCCUGUCCAUUAGGCACAACGAAAACCUGUUCCAGGGCAGGUACUGCAUGAUACACAUGUACCACGAUGGUUCUGACCUGCCACCUAAGGUGUACGAAGUCGCCGAGAAGUUCCUCACGCACCACAAACUCGGAUAUAUUGGAAACAUUUCACGAUUGGCCGACAAGGAGUUAUUGGCUAUGAUCCCGCUUCUCAAGUACGGCGUUUGUUUACCUUCCACCUGUCAUCAGGAGGACGUCCAAGUCAUCAUUGACCACUUUGUCGGUGAACUCGACCUCAAUAUCAAGGCCCAGUGGUGCAAGAUCGACGAGCCAGUAAAGUUGGAUCAACGGCAAACCCUAAUUGUGUGCAUAUUCGUGCUGUGGACAGCCUUUAUUCUCUUCGGGACUGCCUACGACAUCUACAGGACGAUGGUGUCGACGGAAGAAAUCAAGGAACCUAAAUACCACCCAUUCAUAACCUACCUGUCCGACUCGGUACAGUCGGUCUCUCUUCGAAGGGCGUUCAAGAAACUGAUGGAUAUGCCCAACUGGGGCGACUACUCCAACAAGCUUGGGUUCAUUCACGGCGUGCGUGUCUUCUCUGCUACGUGGGUCGUUCUGGGGCACAGCCAUAUGCUUCGGGACCUGCACGCCAGCUCCAACAUGAUUCGUUUCCUCAGGCGGAUACAGGACGACUUCUUGUUCACUGUCCAGCUGAACUCCUUCAUGUCUGUCGAGACGUUCCUGGUGAUAACAGGAUUUCUUUCGGGCUAUCUUGUAACCAAAGCACAAAAACUGGACUACCACCCAAUAAUGGUAUUCAUCGUGGCACUUGGGAGGCGCUAUAUCAGGUUUAUCAUGCCAAUGGCAGCGCUCCUGGGCUUCGUAUUCCUCAUCCCAGCCUUGGUGGACGGACCCGUGCUGCACGACUACUGGUCUAUCUUCCAGAAGCCCUGUGACACGAACUGGUGGAAGAUAUUCACUAUGUCCCAAAACUACAUGGAUGACUUCAAGGACUUGUGCAUGCCCCACUACUGGUACAUCUCCGUCGACUACCAGCUUGCCCUCGCCAGCACCAUAAUCCUGGUUUUCAUCACGCCUAAAUGGCCCAAGGGAGCCCUGUGGAUCAUGGGACUUAUCGUUGCUGCCACUUGUCUGACAACCGGCAUUCAGAUUUACGUCAAUGACUACGUGCCGUUCAACAUCGUCUUUACCACGAACAUACGGCAGCUUAUCGACUCGGCGAUGAACAUCUACAUCAAGGCGUACACGCACGCACCAUCGCUGUUUGUGGGCAUGAUCUUCGGCUGCCUGGCCGUAAGGAGGCACCAACUGUCACGAAAGAUGCAGGGUGCUGCGUGGGUUUUGGCUGUCACGGUGUCCCUGGCCGCGCUGCUGGGCGUACGCAGCUGGUUCCAGGGCCGCCAGCCGGAGAGGCUCGAGUCGGCCUUUUACGGAGGUCUGCACCGCGUCUCUUGGGGCGUGAGCGUCGGCUGGGUGAUGUACGCUUGCGCCACAGGCCGCGGAGGUUUCGUCACGAGGAUCCUUGCAUGGCCCAUCAUGUACCCACUGGGAAGGUUAUCGUUCUCUGUCUACCUGGUCCAUAUCCUGCUCAUGGCCAUCAAUGCUAUUCUUAGUCGGGAGCACGUCACCCAGCAGCCUUUUCUGCAGGCUCAAAUAUACGUCUCCCAAGUCGUCAUGUCCUACGCCCUGGGCGCCAUCGUCUACCUCCUCAUUGAAUGCCCCGUCGCCGGCAUGGAAAAUGAGUUCUUCCGGAGAUUCAUGCCCUUGGAUGGGAUGAGGAGUGACAACACCAAGUACAGUAACGACACCCAAGAACUGAAGGCUGUCCAAGUCGCCACCGGGAUUGUUGCCACCAAAAAACAGGACGCGGCAUUGUUCAGGCAUGAGCUUUCCAACGGCUUCCACGACGUCAUAAAGAACGGUUGCAAUGGAAGCCAUCCCAAUGGCUACGUCAACAGCGCCUGUGAAAACGAGCUCGGCGAGAAAGACACUGCGGCCAAUGGCGCCAUCGUUUCAGUGAAAUUCUGAGGACAUGUUGCCUAUCUAGCUACUGAAAUGUGUAAAUAGUGUUACGUGUUUUAUGUUUCUUGUUUCUUUAACUGUUGUGUUUAUAGCAUUGUGAAGGUUUAUAGCAGGUUAUGUGUCUAAAGCCGUGCCCACGGCAAUGGAGCCAUCCGCCGCUGCAGCACGCAGCGGUAUAAAUUUUUAUAGUUUGUACAUGCGUGCUGUGUUUAUAGUAGUUGUGGUGAUGCACCUCCAUAAUUUUGUGCACGGAUGUUUCUUCUUUCCUUUCUGUCUGUCAAGUGCGAGUCUUUGACCUGUGUCGAAGAAAACGUCAUUCUCCUCAGGUUGUUUCACUUUUUCUUGCUGCUUUCUCUUUCUCUAUUGCUCUGUCUCUCAAUCGGUUCACCGCAGCAGCGUGAUCACGGCGCGUUCGAUGGCAGUUAACUCAUUCGCUCCACCUUGUCGCUCUUCCCCGAGAUCUUAAGUGCGAAAUGACGCGCUCUAAGCUCUGCCAUUUACCGCAUAUUUCUGUGUUUUCGCUCUUCCGCGUGCAGUGAACACAUCCUGCAAAGGAAAGCCAAUCCGUCCUCGGGUCACAUUAGAAGUAAAUUAUUGCCCAGUAAUAUUCAGAAAUCUACGUACUUUUACACAAAUGUCUUGAAAGAUGAUUUGUCAAGUUUCUUUUAAAGUUCAUUUUCGCGAAUCCCGGGAAAGACAUGGUUCAAUGUUACGUGAAUUUAUUCUUUGGUUGCCCCGGCCGAUGAUCUACAAGACAUAGGAGCAUGCGGUACCGUCAGGGAGUGGAAGGAAGAUGGGCAUGUUUAGCGACAUCUUGCAUUCUUCCUCCCCCCCCCCCUCUUUCCCGUUCUUUUUUUAGAUCAUCAGAACGCGAUUCAUUGACACGCGUCUCUUCCUCACAACGUGUCCAUUGGCGUGGGAAAAACCUCCGUUUGUCUCGCCUGUACGAAAGCAAGGAGUUUUUAUACGUGGUCAACCAUCCGAGGACGUUUUUCGUGCAAGCGUUCAGAGUGGGCUGACCAAGGGUAUGCCAAGGGUCUCCGCGAGCGUAAAGGACAUCUUGCGCUUGCCGGUACGCCAGCGAGCCGCGUCCUUGCUUAAACGGGCACUGGUGACCCUCGGUCACGCGACGUUGUUUGUAUUCUUUAUUGCUGCUAUUGGGUCCAGGCGGUCGCUCUCGUUCGUCUUGUACCGUGAUGUCGGGAGGCAUUACGAAAAUGACGCGUCCAUUGUGAUCGCAUUGUCUCUGGGAACGCAGGCGCGUCAUUGUGAGGCAACGGUAGAAAUUGAAAGUUACUGGAAUGAAUCGCGAUCACGCGCCGUCAGUGUGCCCGAAUGCUCCGUCGCACCUCUUGUGUUUGAUGCUUUGAUUAUAUUAAAGGACGUGCAAAGAAAGGAAACAACGAUCCUGAGAAUAAUAUUUACGUGGUGUUUAUGCGUUUCCGGCUCAGUAGGUGUGGGAGGCUCAUUACACAGUUGCGCUUACCUAAGCACAUAUAGAAGUGCGCUGAGUGUCCAAGAGCUCAUAAGUGGGCUACAUGCGAGUAGCGUCUCCCUGCGCGAUGAUUCUAUGCGUUGCUAGUACCUAUAUAGCUGAGCACUAUAACGGCGUUUCUAAAGCUCAAGCUUCAGGGGCACGAACGUGACACCUAAAUUCCCGAACCUUUGUUAAAGGAUGCUGCCAUCGAGCACUGUCAAAGGGACACUAAAUACUAACAUUAGGAAGAUUUUAUAUUGGUAAACCAUUCGUCAGAAAGGUAGUUUAACUUGUAUGACGGAGAAAUGCUUAAUACUAAUAGAGAAAAGUGCAAACUUCCGCUUAUUAAUAUCGUGCUGAAACCUCGGCGCCAGUAUAUCAUCGUGAAGUCAUUUUUUUUUUAUUUCUAGUAUUUGGCCUAUCUCUCGCGCAAAAAGAAUUCUCGGGAUUCACGAAGUUUAGUUUAGUUUCUUUUAGAAUUCAGUGCAGUUCUUAUUUAUUGAUAAACGAUAACUACCCCCCCCCCCCAAUAACGUCGUCAACAGCCAUGACGUCGUGGGAAUAGUGCGGGAACUUCGCGGUGACGUCGCCAUCCAGUUUAGUUAUCGCUUUUCAAUGCAAAAGCAUUGUAUGUCCCCAUUACGCGAAAAAUCCGGCGUUGUAGUCGGCGGCGUGACCGAAUGACGGUACCAAAAAACGGCCGACGCCAAAGAGUAAAACAACGUCAAAAAAUGCUCAGAUUGAUGUCAAAUUUCUCAGGAAGGCAUAAGUGAAUUUCGGUCUGGGUGGAAGACGAGCCCGCUUCGCCGACUCCACGGCGGCUCCACGGUUCUGAUCAACUAAAUGUAUGUCUAGUACGUGCGUGCUGGUGCACGUGGCGACGCAGCCAAUGGGUAGGAGGUGGCGCCAC